UGUUAAGACAUAUUUGGUUUGAAGCUGAAGGAAGGCGAUAACAAUGGCUUUCUGCGUUGACUUUUUUCUGUAACUAUACGGGAUGACCGGCAUUCACGUGCUGAAACAUCAUAACAUACUAUUGCAUCUCUGAUUGGUAUGUUGAUUGGCUGUGUCUUUCUUUUCUUCAGGGAACUUAAAAUUGCGUUUUCAAACUAUUUGUGUGAUGGUUUAGGCUUUAGAUGGAUUGUUCUGAAGCACGUACAGAUAAAAUUGAGGCACAGCGGUUAACGGGUGUGUCUCAUGACAUUGAAUCUGUCCCAGAUUUUCUUACCAAUCUCAGGUUGUCAGAUCUUUAUAAUCUCCCCGGUGAAUAUGUGGAGAUGCAUCCGGAAAUCUUUAAUGCAAUGAGAGCUGGGAACAUAGAAUAUUUGGAGAGGAUGAAAAGCUACGGAACACCAAUGGCAUGUCUCAAGAGUGAUUUAGGAGACUCGGUUCUUCACCUUGCUGCGGCUUGGGGUCAUCUUGAGCUAGUUAAGAGCUUAGUCUCUGAAUGCCCAUCUCUUCUGUUGGAGUCAAAUGGCAAGGGACAGCUUCCUCUUCAUGUGGCGGCUCGUGCUGGCCAUUCAGCAGUUGUUGAGGCUCUUAUUUUGUCCAUAACAUUUUUUGCUGAAAGAUUCUCUGAAGAAGGUAGAGAAAAAUUGAAUCUAUUUGUUCUGAAGGACGAAUAUGGAGAUACUCCUCUGCACUUAGCCUUGAAAGACCUCCAUGAAAAAACAGAGGUAUUGCAUAUUUUUGUUGAGAUUUUAGCUUCGUUCCUUGCGAAUAAAAAUGGAAUAUCUCCUUUGUAUUUGGCAAUUGAAGCUGGUAAUGUAUCCCUUGUGAAUGCAAUGUUAAACCGUUCUGGUAAUAACGUCCAAAGCAAGAACUUGACCUCAGAAUUAGAAGGGAGAAAAUCGCUUGUGCAUGCCGCCCUAAUGGCCAAGAGUACAGAUGUUCUUGACGUUAUUCUCAGUGAAGACACAGGUCUUCUAAACGAGCGAGACGAAGAAGGAAGAACUUGCCUUUCUGUUGGAGCAUCCAUGGGGUAUUACAAAGGAAUAUGUAAGGUAUUAGAUCGAUCAACAAAUAGUGUUUAUGAGCGCGACGAAGAUGGUUCCUUUCCUAUCCAUAUGGCAGUAGAGAAAGGUCAUGAGUUGCUUUUCUUGGAGAUUCUAAAACGUUGUCCAGAUUCAGUAGUGCUGAUUAACAAACAAGGUCAGAACAUUCUUCACAUUGCAGCAAAGAGUGGGAAAGCUGUAUCUUUUCUUUUGGGCUAUGUAAGGAGACUUUAUACAAAGUAUCAUCUAAUCAACGAGCAAGAUGUAGAUGGGAAUACACCUUUGCACCUGGCCACCAUAAAUUGGCGCCCUCGGACUGUUGAUAGUCUAACUAGCUUUGCUUCAACCAAAACAAACAUUCUGAAUAUUCAGAACAAAGAUGGGUUGAGACCUCUUGAUCUCGCAGAGUUAAAUCUACAGUCUGAUUACUAUCUGUGGGAGAGAUUGACAUUAAUGGUAUUGCUGUGCGUUUAUGCGCCUAGAGGUGUUGCUUGGCUACCGACAAGUGGGAUGACGCUAAGAAGCAGAUCAGAGCAUCAUCUAGAUGCAAACAAAUACAAAGACCAUAUCAACGCUCUUCUACUGGUGGCAGCUCUUGUAGCCACUGUUACAUUUGCUGCGGGAUUUACAAUACCAGGUGGCUUUAACAGUUCUGCUCCAAACAUGGGUAUGGCCGUUCUGGCCUAUGACUCCACCCUCUUCUUUUUCCUAGUAUUGGAUACAUUGGCGAUGCAGAGCUCAGUUGUAGCAAUAGUUGCUCUUAUCUGGGCGCAGUUGGGGGAUCCUGCAAUCGUUCACAGAGCAUUUCAUUUGGCUUUGCCAUCACUCUUCCUUGCUCUUCUCUCCAUGUCAUGGGCAUUUGUUGCUGCCUUGCAGGCUACAAUAAAGCAAAACAGCGUGCUUAUAAACGUCAUUUCAAUUACUUCUAUGGUCUUCUAUGGUUUGAUAAUAUUCCUCCUUGCCCCUUACGUUAUCCCUCAGGUUCCUGGCUUUCCUUUUCUUCAAAGAUUGACUCGUAUAUAUCUUAUCCUUCUUUUGAUCUUUGUUAAUGAAGACGAUUCUGGAAGACAUUACACAUCUGGCUCUGAUAAUAUGUGUGUGAAGAGUGUGGCAGAGUCUGUGGGAUCCUCAAGCGCGAACCAAGUGGGAAAGUCUGCUUGAAAACUGAUUGUAGUAAUAACUCCAUCUCCAGGCCUGAUCACUUAAAUAACAUGAGUUUUGGUGGUUCCACAUGCAGUAUUUUUCCUUGUUUCUUACGUUAUCCCAUGUUCCUAUAAUUUUCCUCUUCUAAGAGGCUUCACUAGGACAUAUGUCUAUCUUUGUUUGUCGUUUUUAAUGAAUAUGUUGAUGAUGGGAAACAUUAGAGCUCAAAGGUGGGGUUUGUGGAAUCUUAAGGUGCAGGAUCAUGCUAGAAGCGUGAAAUCGUUUUUGAUAUGAUGUUUGGUUUCGAUUUUCGAGUCUAUCAAAUGUGUAAAUGAGUUAAUUAUUGUUUGAACAGUGUGUAAUACGUGGUUGUAGUAAU